GCGAGGUACUUCGUGAUCAAGUCCUACACGGAGGACGACGUGCACAAGUCAUUGAAGUAUGAGAUAUGGUCCUCCACCGAGCCUGGGAACAAGCGUCUCGACCGGGCAUUUAAGGAGUCUGCCGGGCGAGGGCCGAUAUACCUCUUCUUCUCCGUCAACGCUUCAGGCCACUUCUGCGGUGUCGCGGAGAUGCUUACCCCACUGGACUAUACCAGGAGCUCGACGGUGUGGGCACAGGAUAAGUGGAAGGGUGUGUUCAAGGUCAGGUGGAUCUUUGUAAGGGACGUGCCGAACUCGGUCUUGAGGCAUAUCAAGUUGAACAAUACCCAGGAGAAGAAGCCGGUAACCAAUUCGAGGGAUACCCAGGAGCUUCUUCAAGAUGCAGGACAGGAGAUGCUUCGUAUCUUCCUCACGCAUCCAGCGAGGACGAGCUUGCUGCAGGAUUUCAUUUACUAUGAGGUAGGCGAGUCCUCUAUUUGA